AUGUCGAUCAAAACAGAACAAUUCAUCGAUGCUCCAUUGGAAAGCUUGCUUGAGAAAGAAGAUGUCAGAUUAGCAAAAUUCAAUUCAGAUGUGGCUUGGGAAAUUGGUGUUCUUGCAAAACAAUUGGCAAUUGAAUAUGGCUUUUCCAAGGCCAUUUUGAUUGACGUUACCACAGCAGAUGGUACAACAUUCUUUCAUAGCCCAUCGAAGCCAACCAUUGUGCGUGAUAAUGAUAUAUGGGUGCAAAGAAAACAAAAGACUACUUUUCGCUUUGGUGUCUCGAGCUACUACAUGGGUGCCAAAUUGAAAUCCAAGGGCUCGAUAAAAAUGGAAGAUGCGUUCUACAUCAACAGCGCUGAAUACGCAGUCCAUGGGGGCUCCGUACCUAUCAGAUUGCAAAACUUCGACGGUGUCGUUGCUGCCCUUACUAUCAGUGGCCUCAAACAGGAGGAGGAUCACGCGUUUGCAAUUGAGGUUCUCCUGAAGAUCGCUAAGAACUUGUGA